GUUUUUCGACAGCCUAAUGCAUGUUGCACAUUUUGUUCUCCAAGGACGACGGCCCGACCAACCUAAAUGAGCGGUCCUCUUGCAUUCAGAUGCACUGUGCUCGGAUGCACUAACGGGCGGUCGCAACGGCAACAAAAAUUGUUACUAUCAAUUUCUUAAUAUUUUAUUUUUAUUUCAAUUUCAGUCGUUCAUUAAAUUAUCACUGUUUAUUCUCAGUGUGCGCUCGUCCGUGUUCGCGAUUAGUUUCAGAUUUAAACGCCAUUGGAAUUAUUUUAUUUGUCAUUAUUAAUUAUUUUUAUUUUCUCACCCGAGUGGUUCGCGUAUGUGCGUUAUAAGCCGGUCGUCGAUAUUUGAAAUUUUUUUUUUUUUUGGAAAAAAAAGAAUUUUGGUGUUUAUCCCAAAGCCAGACACCAUUGGUCGCUUCGAAAUUUGACUUUCUCAUAAGGGCUCGAGAACGGAUUGGAAAGGAUCGCUGAAGAGUUAAUGGGAAGAAGAAAAUGGCACCAGUAUCAGGAUAUUUUGGCGAAAAAUUAUAUACUGGAAGAAGAAUUGAUGGACCAAAGAGAAUGGGUUCCCAUUAAACCGUGUAAUUCAUGUAAUGUGAACACGAACCUGAGCGCAACUGAACACUCACCUGCAGAACUGGAGCCAUCGUAUGAAACUGGUAGCUUGAGCGGCGGCAGUCGCAACGCAGAGAGUCCAGAACCUGUGACUAGCAGACGUUCUUCUCCAACAGAGCUUUGUCGCGCCGAUGAUCGAUCGCCGCCAACGAUGGCCGCGGUCGCAUCGAUGACGACAUCAGCAAGUCCGCUGGAUACAGCAGCAUCCACCGCUAGUCUGCCACAAUGGUUGUUAGCAGCCGCAACCUUAAGGCUGAAGGAGACGACUAGAGGAGGUCAUUUUCUACCGAGCAGCAACCGAGAAGAACAACAAUUGCCUUUAGAUCAACCACUUGAUCUAAGCGCCAAAAGCAACAUAACUUCAGGUGGAAACGCAUCGUCGUCUGCAUCGUCUACACCCUGCCAAAGCUCCCCUUCAGAGCUCAAGGCAGUUCAAAGCCCAUUCACACCAGAUCUCAUUGCCACCUCAGACAUGGUCAAUUCUUUGCACAAACUUUUACCACCUGAGUCAACGUUCCUACCACACCAACCGCUCAAGGCUCCCAUUUUAAAUUCCAACCGGCAUGUGUUCAAGCCAAAAUCAAAGCACAGUACGAUUGCUGGUCGUAAAACAUAUACGGAAGAAUCUUUACAAGCGGCUCUCAGAGAUAUCCAAAGUGGAAAACUUGGCACUAGAAGAGCAGCAGUCAUAUAUGGUAUUCCGAGAUCCACUUUACGAAAUAAGGUAUACAAGAUGGCUCUGGAACGGGCGAAUAGGAUGAGGGAAUCUUCAGAUGGUGAAGAUCCUAAAGUCAGCAUGGCUGAAUUACUUCCUAUACUGACUGAAGACGACGAUGACGACGAUCGAGACACAAUAUCAGCCGGCGAAGAAGAUAAUAACGUAAAACCCGAAAGAGUGAACCCAGAAAUGAUCGGAUUACAACUUGAUUGUGCGGGUACGAGUACAGUGCCACCACCUACAGCUGAAGCUCUACGGUUAUUUUUUCAGCAAUGCGUUAACAGUAAACUAAUACAAAAAACACCGACGGAACGACAUCAAGACAUAGACCGAAAGUCACCAUCGCCUUCCGCUAGGUUGUUACCAACAAUGCCACCAGAACUUUGGCCCGCGGCAAUGGCUGCUGCAGCAGCUCUCGAUCCACAACAAUUAGGGGCGUACCUUUCAAGGAUGAUGUCAGCAUCUUCAUCGACCGGACAGACUUCGUCACAUGUGGCUCACGAGAGCCCUCCAGCGCCACCACUGCCUGACUUUUUAGCAAAAUAUUCAGUUACAGAAAUGAUGCGAAAGAUGUUGAGUGAUGAGCAUUACAGUAAAUCAGAACACCGAGGACAAUCAUCCAACGGAUGCUUGACUGAGCCCAUGGAUACCUCUAGAGUAGCCAACGACGAUGAUUCCAAUGCAUCCAAUGUAAUAUUGAGAAUACCAAACUUCAAGCCUAUUGGGUCUAAUAACAAAGCAGAGACCAUUGAAUCUGAUAAGGAUCAUUCGGUAGGUCAACGCCACAGUGGUAUAAUGUCACCACCAAGGAUGAAUAGCGCGACUAGAAGUGACACAUCUUCACCGCCAACACCCGGUACAACGUCGGCUAACUUGAGAGACGCUAUUGCUAAAAGCAUUAGUCAGAAAUUCCAAGCACCUGAUUCGUUACAGGUUGAAUCGUUUGCUCGGGCGUAUCAGCAUUAUCAACAGGGUAUACCACUGUUUGCCCCUAUCGCAAGAAAUCACAAUAACAACAAUUUGUUGGAAGACAGAAAACGAGUAUCGAUGUCCAGCAAUAAAUCAUCUGCGUCUUCAUCGGCAGCUCCUUCCGGAUUCCAACAGAGCACAUCAUCCAACUCAGCGAGCAGCGGUGGUAAAGGUACAAGACCAAAAAGAGGAAAAUAUCGCAAUUAUGACCGCGAUAGUUUAGUGGAAGCUGUGCGGGCGGUUCAAAGGGGAGAAAUGAGUGUUCACAGGGCAGGCUCGUACUACGGAGUCCCGCAUUCAACUUUAGAAUACAAAGUUAAAGAAAGACAUAAGAUGAGAAUUAAAAAAAGACAGCCCAAAAAUUCACCACCAGCAGCAUCCAUGUCGAUGGCUGCCGUGUCGGAUCAAGACCGCAAAAAGGAUUUGGCUAGACCGAGAGAAAAUACACCACCGAUAAAAUUACCCUCGCACGUGUUCCCGCCUCAGCAGCCUCCGUCUAUGACUUCACCCAACGGACUCAAAAUAUUUGACACAACGCCUGUCGGCCCAUACGGACAGCCUACCUUUCCAUUUUGGGCGCCUAGUCCGUUCCACUUGCCAAUGGAUUUCCAGCGUAACCCGGUAGCAUUUACGUCGAUGUCGAUGAUGCAGCGCAUGCAAGCCGAAAGCAGACUACAUCAACAACAAGCGGCGUCCAUUGCAAGUCUGGGUAAAAAUGCACGCGAAGUGGCCGAGAACUUGUAUGAUGGCUCGGACAAUGGAAGUUUUUUGGAUGGUAUAAUACGGUCCAGUUUAGAAACAGGACUCAAGUCAGCGGCUGCUUUAGUGGCUACGCAAAAUGUCAAUCGUAGUCCCGAACCAAUGGAACACUCGGACGGUGGUAACGGUACAACCGCAAACGAGCAUGGUGCGUCUGGUGACUCAGCCGGUUCAGACAUUGACGACGAAAAACAUGGAUCACCACGCCAAAUUGAACGAUCGGUGGACGAACAACGGCAUUCGGACCCUGAACGUAGGAGAAGUCGCUCGCCUGUAGAGAGAAACGUCAAACCCGAAAACGAGGAACAGAACUAAUUAAACGGGCUAACACGAGUGAACAUGGUUAGGGAACGGUCCGAAAGAGUAAACACAAAAAGUAUCCCUUACAUGGUAAACGAUCGCGUUGAGUUUAUUAAAAUGUUUUUUUGAGUAAAUGCGUGUACAACACAUUUUUGGUAAUGUUCUUUUGGAUUGGCGAUAGUUCGUGAUCACUAAGUGCAAUUUUUUUAUAGAACAUUAUUUAACGACUGUUGAUAGUGUGAUUUGAAAAUAUAAAAAUCGAAUAUUGUUGUUUGUAUCUACGUUUUUUGUGAUAAAAAAAGUAAAUGAAUUUUUAUUUAAAUGUUACGUUUUUUUUUUUAUAUAUAUUUCAAAAAUUGUAUUUGUUUUUAUUUUUAUGCAUUGUCGUGUUUAAAUUUUUGUAGAUGUAUACACUUAUAUUGUGUACAUAUUAUAUUCAUAGUCUAUUAGUUUUAUAUUACUCUUUUUAUUUCUACACGGUCACUUAAGAAUGUGUAAUAUAUGCGUAUAAUAAAAAAUAUUCAGAGGACAUAGUAAUCGAGAGUUGAUUGUUAAGUGUUUGUUCUAAGAUUUUUAUCGUUUUCGAACAAAAAGUUUAAUUUAUUUAAUUAUAAAUGCAUAUUUAUAAAUAUAUAAUUAGGGACAUUGUUUUUUUGGUCACAUGUAAAUUGUACAUAAACCUAAUUGAAUAAUCACUAAGACUAGACUUAUAUUAUUGUUCCUUUUAUAAGCUUCUCGAAAAAAAAAUACCCGUUAACAUUUGUAUUUACUUUAAAACAAGUAAAAUAAUUUUUAUUUAAAUUCUUUUUGUUUCGAAAAAUUAAUAUAAUAUCACUCAAAAGUCUGUAUUAUUUUUAUUCUUUUACGAGAGAAACUCUAAUCAUAUCAUUACAAUUAAAUAUAGUGGAUAGUUUGUUUUUAUAUAAAUAUAUAUCUAUAUUAUAAUGUAUGAAUCAAUUGUGUACAGCGUUUUAACGAUAAAUAAUGAGAUUAUAUUUGAUGGAUGAUCCUAAUAACUGUCUGCUCGAGCACGAAGAAUGAUUUCAUCAUCAAUCGGUUUACAUUCCAAAAGAAAUUUUGGACUUUGAACUUUAUUUUGUAAGGCCUUUUUUCUUUUUUUUUUUUUAACUAGUUUCGAUAUACUCUUAAAUACCCAAAAGACAGUUUUAUGCAUUCCAAACAAUUAAUAAUAUAAAUCAUACUUACACAAUUAGCAAUGAAUAUGUUGUAACAAUUUUCCUUUGGUAGAAGGUGAGGGGGGUAAGAAGAGCUUUACAGGACUUAAUUUUUUAUUUACAUGUAAAUUUUUUUAGAUAUAAUAUUAAUCAAAUAAUUUGUGUUCAUUGAAAUAAAACAUAUUUUUGAAAUAUGAUCCACUAUUACAUUUGUGUACAGUCUUUUUAUUGUUAUAUACCAUGUUUUUCUUUUCUUUUUUAAUUUAAUUUUUAAGACUUCGACAUCAUAUAGUCCUAAAGUAAAAUCGUAAUUUUUGCGAUUAAACAAUAUAUUUUUACUAUUAUAUUAUACACUUAUGUUUUUUAGAUGUAUUUUUU